AUGGAGAGACAUCUCUUCAACUUGAAGUUCGCUUCCAAAGAAAUGACGCGAAACGCUAGCAAGUCCCAAAAGCUGGAGGAUGCGGAGAAAAGCAAAUGCAAAAGCGCUUUGCGCAAGGGGGCGCUGGAUGUUGCGCGAGUGCAUGCCGAGAACGCCAUCAGGCACCGCAACCAGGCACUCGGCUUCCUGCGCAUGGGAGCGCGACUCGACUCUGUGGCGGCGCGGGUGCAGAGCCUCAACAACAUGCGCAACAUGACACGCACCAUACAAGCCGUCACGCGGUCCAUGGAUGUGGCCAUAAAGCGCAUGGACCUGGAACGAGUCCAGUCGCUGAUGGACCGCUUCGACGAAGAGUGCCAACAUCUGGAGGUGGCGAGUAUGGUGCAGGAGUCGGGUUUGGACGCGACGACGUGCACGGCAGUCCCCAUGCGGCAGGUGGACGACUUGGUGAUCCAGCUGGCCGAAGAGGCGGGCCUGGAAGUGCAGUUGGAGAUGCCGCAGGUAGCGCUGGACAGCCUCGGAGCUUCCCUCGUGACCGAGCGCGACGAGCUCUCCAAGAGGCUAGCGCAGCUCAGGAAGUAA